UCUUAUGUGAUUUCUUCCAGGGAGGAGGCUACGAGGGAAGGCCUUCUACAACGUCAACGGGAAGGUGUACUGUGAGGAGGACUUCCUGUACUCUGGUUUCCAGCAGACGGCAGAGAAGUGCUUUGUGUGUGGUCACCUCAUCAUGGARAUGAUACUCCAGGCGCUGGGCAAGUCUUACCAUCCGGGCUGCUUCCGCUGCGUUGUGUGUAAAGAAGGGUUAGAUGGGGUGCCUUUCACCGUAGACGUGGAAAACAACAUCUACUGUGUCAAAGACUACCACACGGUUUUUGCGCCGAAGUGUGCUUCGUGCAACCAGCCCAUCCUUCCUGCGCAGGGUUCUGAAGAGACCAUCCGGGUUGUUUCUAUGGACAAGGACUACCAUGUGGAGUGUUACCACUGUGAGGUGAGACACAGCGUUCAUUCACACGCAGUAGGAAGACCAGUCUGUGAUACUCUUGUUUUGACUGGUGAUGAAUUUAGCAUCACUGUGUGUGAUAUGAUUCAGCUCCUCCUCUGAAUGAAUGAAUGAGACUGCAAAUAAACAGCCAUGCCACUCUGGCUGGCAAAGUGUUGGCGCAUUUACGCAUCCUCUCAGUCAGCGCUGUGAACCUGUCUGAGAACUGCACGUUCUCAGACAAGUGAGACUAGACUUUUGCACCAGUGAGAAUGAAUCACGGCUGUGGACACUAACCCAAGGAUGCAGUUGAACAUUGUGACUCACUGACUGAGCACAUUCCAGCCCAGUGCUUCAUUCUCAGCUGGGUGCUUGUUGUGAAACCUCACUUAUCUUCCACCUUUACGCCAUUUCCUUUCGUAAUUUAAAGGUGACCUAUUAUGCUUCUGGAACAGGCUAGGACAGGGCUAUGGGCUAUUAAAAAAAACAUGUUCAUUACAUUUUGUUGCACAAAAUGAUUAGAUAAUGAGAUUUUAGUCUGCUCUUUUCUACCUAUUUUGAGCUCCUUUUAGAAUACAAACUGCUGCAAACAGAUAAUUAUAAAACYGUACAUCUUUAAAAAGCAGAAGUGGAGCCUMCUGCACAACCAACAAAAUAUUUGUCUUUUCCAGUAGCCAUUGUGCAGCACAUUCAGCGGUAAAACUAGCUAAAUGAAAGUGCUGGAGCUCAGUUUGGGUUGCUAGGUGACAGGUUGCUAGGUAACAGGGAAGUUCCCGUUGAUUGUUGCUUAACAACCCAGAGGUUUUUGAAACGGCUYGUUUUCCAUACACCAAAAAACAUUAACUUAUAGACAUUAAAUYGUCUGGUUAGCUUUAAGUGCUUAGACUGUUUUUGGAAGCAGCCAAGACCCAAGUGGAAGUAUAAAAUUGCACAAAAUGUCAAUUUAGCAUAAAAAACAUUCAAGAAUGAUGUGAAAAACAAAACUUUCCUCAGGAAAAUUUCACACCUUCUUGCUGUGAUCAUAUUCAGAGAAGUUAAAUUUCAUUUAUGCAAUAAUAAUCAGCAGAAGCAGCAGGGUAAGACUUGCUAAUGUUUCUGAAUGGCURACAUUCUGGGAAAAGGUCACAAUGUAAGCAGAGGUUAAUCAUUCAACCAAGUCAUGUAGGAAGAGGCUGAAGUUCACAUCUGAACUCAGUAAAUUUAUUACACAUUAGAAAAAACAGAGUAGCUUCAUCAUUCAUUUUACAUUUAACACAGGGUAGAUUAUGAUUCACUCAUUAAAAGUUAACUUGCACUAACAGUUUAUGCAUUCAGCUCUUUUUGUCCAGGUGUGAAUCGCAGGUUUAUGUGAUUCCUACUGAGUGUUCAGUGGUCUCCC